AUGGCCACAGAAUCACUCCAGCCGCAGCAAACCCCAGACACGGAUACUCCAAUGAUGGACCCUAACACGGAGCCAGCAGAUACCGAUGCUCAAAAUGCAGCCGAUGUAGAUGAAUCUUUGCAGAAGGGGCGAAAGCGACCACGGAUUGAAAUGGGGAUCGAGUCGUCGCAACAGCGCAAACGUGGCAAGUCUAUGUUUGGACUCGUCGUGGGUACUUUGACAAGGGCAAAGAACGAGGACAAGGAACGGAAUUCGAGCGAAGCGGCUAAAAAACGCCAGCUGAUCGAGCAGCGGCUGCAGGAGAAGCUAAAGGCAGAGACCGAUAGUGUCCGGCGUGCUGAGGAAGCAAAGAAGGAUAAGACAGCGGCGAAUCGCAAGGAAGAAGAGCUACAGCUUCGAGAUUCCAUUUAUAAAAUGCGCCGUACGCGGCUUCCCCUCCUCGCCAACUUCCUCCUUACGUCCGACAUUAUACCCGAACUUGACUCCUUAUCAUCUCCACUGGAUGAAAUUCAGUCUACUACUAUGGACUCAGAUCCUUCUUCAGAGGGAAUUUCGAAGCCCGCGAGAGCCACAGGUACAACUGCGCUGUCGGGUCCACCGCGCGCACACCCCCCACCGUUGUAUUACCGACCUGCUGUGCUUACAUCAGCGCAAGAAGCCUUUUUGAAGAAACGGAAAGAUGAGGUCAGAAUCGCUGUCGAAAGCGAAUGGGCAGAUUUUGCAGCCGAGCGCAGUGCAGGUAUUGCAGAUAUCACCCGCUUGCGUCAGCGCGUUGCAGAAGAAGAAGGACGCACAAAGUCUGCCAACGCAAAAGCAUUGGAUGACGGUGACGUCGACGAUGAGCGUAGCCAAAACCAGGCAGAACAGAAAGAAACAGACCAGAAUGUUAAGUCUGGGCCUGGGGGCCCACCCGAAGCUGAGGUGAGUCAGUCAGCGCAGAACGGCAGCAGAAAUACAAGCGGUGGAGAGGAUAUCAAGAUGGAUGUAGACGAUUCUGGUGCUGGUACAAUUGGACCGGAGAAGACGCAUGGGGACAAAGAGGAGAAUGCACCGGUUCCAAUGCACGCGGACGACGAUGAUGCAGUUGAGUAUUAG